UCCAAGCUUCAGAGUUUACCGGUUAACCCACACAAAUUGCCGCCACCACCACUGGACACGACAUCGUACAACCCCAGCCUCAUUCCAGUGGGGCCGCAUCUCAGAUCUCUGGUGGUGGACGACACCCGCCGGCCGGCCAGCUUCUCCGGCCAACCGUUCCCCGCGCAAAACUUGCACUGACGAAGCCUGGUACCUUCUCAUCCGGCGGCGGCGGGGCCAUGGGGUUCUCGCUGUACCCCACCAAGUCGUCGACGCGCAUGCCGUGGAGCACCAGCUUCUUCCGCCACAAGUUCCCCGCCGCCGCCGCCGCCGCGCCCUCCUUCUGAUCAGGCUAGCUCCGGCCGCCUGGCGACCUCCGUGCCGUGCUUCAACAAGAGGACAAGAGGUGGAGGAGCAUACUGCAUACAUACAGACGUUCAGUACAUACAUAGAGUUUCUUUUUUUUUUUGGUUCGUGUUAGUCCUUGGUGCAUGGACUACGCUCGUAGCAUGAUCAGCAGCUCCGCUGUGCCAUUCCGUGCUGCCGGCGACGGCGAUGGCGGCGGACAGGUGUUUCUCUUUGGCGGCCGCGGCGGCGGCGGAUUCCUUCGAGGAUUGCCGUUGGUGGGUGGCGCCAGCGCUGCUGCCGGUGCGGCGGCGGACGGCCGGCGCAAGCGGGCGUUUCAGCUAACGACGGCGCACGAGGAGCCGCAGCUGGAGCUGGGCGACGACGAGCUGUGCGGCGGCUUCGACUACGAGCUCCUCCACGGGCCGCAGCAGCAGGAGCGGACGAAGCGGCGGCUGACGGCGGAGCAGGUGCGGGAGCUGGAGCUGAGCUUCGAGGAGGAGAAGCGGAAGCUGGAGCCCGAGCGGAAGAGCGAGCUGGCGCGAAGGCUCGGGAUCGCGCCGCGCCAGGUGGCCGUGUGGUUCCAGAACCGCCGCGCGCGCUGGAGGACCAAGCAGCUGGAGCAGGACUUCGACCGCCUCAGGGCCGCGCACGACGACCUCCUCGCCGGCCGCGACGCGCUCCUCGCCGACAACGAUCGCCUCCGCUCACAGGUGAUCACGUUAACUGAGAAACUGCAAGCGAAGGAGUCGUCGGCGUCAGAGCCGGAAGAGUUUACAGUUGCCACUCAAGAGACAGCCUAUGCUCUUUUCGAAGAAGACAAGCUCUGCCUCUGCUCCGAGAUCGCCACCGGCAGCACUGCAGCGGCGGCGCCAGGGAGCAACGACAGCCCGGAGUCCUACUUCGCCGGUGCGUGCUCGCCUCCGUCGUCGCCAGAGGACGACGGCUGCGGUGGCGCCGACGACCGCACCUUCUUCCUCCCGGACGCCCUGCUCGCCACGGGCGUGGAGGAGAGCCUCGAGCGCGCUGCCGAAGAGGACGAUGGCGCUGGGACGCAGCUCAACAACUGGGCAUGGUUAUGGAACGAUCAGCAGUAUUAGGGAAUGCACGCAUGAUAUUAUUGCAGUGCAAAUUUGGUCUCGAGCUUUGCUGAUGUUGAUACGGUGUAUUCUGCUAAUUGGCCAGGUGGUUGAUUUAUGCCUCCACAUUGUUCACUGACAUUUCUCACAUCAGUAACGUUUGAGGUGUAAAAUGGCCAAAGCUGGGCCGGAUAUGUAACUAAAUGGAGAACUAAAUUACUUUGAAUAAAUGGGCCAAGGCCCUUGUUUUGACUCUCA